AUGUCGACCUCGGCGACUUCUACCAUUUCGCCUGGACGAGAGCCCACGGCGGGCGACAUUGGAGAGAUCGCUGUGCAGCCCACGUCGGGCGCUACGGCUGUGAUCGAGCCUGAUGCUUCCUCGCCGCCUCCGUCCGGGGCAGUUCCCCUCGCCGACCCCUUCAACUUUCGCGACUUUGGCAUCCAGACGGAGGGCGAGAUUUUCAUCAUGAACUUCCUCGCCGGGACGUCCGUGGAGGCAUUCACGGCGGCGAUCAGGGCGUUGUCGCCCGAGGACAGGGAUCGUCUGGUCGCUGCCCACGCGGUUGCAGUGGACCAGCCACACACGCCGACGUGGCGUCUUUCUUCGGGCUGGCGUUCACCACGCUAA